CUGCAACCAGACUACCCUGGAAUGCCGCUGGAUUUGCGGGUAGUUUUUGAUGUGCCAUCAACAAUUUCCCCAACACAGGAUAUCCAGGGGGGUCGCUACUGGCACCGUGGCUUGAAGGACGCACUGCGGAAAAACUAUAACAACGAAAACGGUGCUUCACGUGUCGACAUCGAAAUACACAUUGGUCAGGUGCCACUGUCUGCAUAUCCGCGAAAAGGAGUAGCUUGGACCAUCUUAGGAAGGGUACAAGACCCGCAGGUAAUUCAAACGGAGCCGUUUUUGAUCGGCCUAUAUAUUGGGGAGAAACGGCCCGCAAAGAUGAAGGAGUUCCUCAUGCCGUUUGUUGAAGAGGCAAAACAAAUGCACGAGCAACACAUCGCCAUCAAUGGGGCCGCAGUAAAGAUCCGCGCAUUCAACUGCGAUGCCACAGCCCUGUCUGUCAUCAAAGAGACAGCAAACCACCACUCGCAGAUGGCGUGCCACAAAUGCAUGGUUGUUGCCCACAGCAAGGACAACCGCAUGGCGUACCCUAUGCAACCGGCUGAGGCGAGAACCGACGAAAUGUUCCGCCGGUUAAGAUACGGCGGCCACCAUCUGGAGGAAGACGUUGGCGAGGGUGAAAACUGGGAGAGGGUCCCAAUGCGAUCGCCAUUGUUAGACUUGACGCAAAUUAACAUGGUGGAAGAUUUUAUGGUAGGUGUUGAGGACCACCUACUGCACGCAGGCCUUAUGUGUAAAUUGCUCUACAAUUUCAUGGACGGCAAUGGCAGUGACGUGCGUGCAAUGAAAGAAAAUACUUUACGUGCAUUGAAUGCCCGGUUGCAGGAAAUUGAGCUACCAUGUGAGUGCUCGCCACGGCGCUUCCCUGAACGCACCACAAAUCUGUGUAAUUUGUCUGCGACCCGCCACCAUUUAGCACAUUUACUGAAGUAUGUGGGCAUUGUUUUUAAAGAUUUUUUGCCCAAAAAACUGUACGAUAUGUACAUGGCGCUGCAUUGGGGCGUUUGCCUUUUAAGUUCAAACUAUUAUAGGGCUAAUUGGGAGUUUGCCGAUACGUUUUUCAAAGAUUUUCUCAAAUUGUACGAAGAGAAAUUCAAAACAAUCGGCUAUGAAUGCCACUGCCUCACCCAUCUUGUGAGUGAGGUGAAAAGGUUUGGGCCUUUGAUGCGAAAUUCGUCCAAACCAUUCGACAGAAUGCUAGCACCCCUUGAGGAAAUUGUGGACAAGUACCGGCAUGAAUCGGUCCUUGAACAAAUUGCCAGCGCACUGCUUGUUCGGGAAGCUGCAUUCAAACAGCCGGGAAAUCCGACUGUAUAUCCCGCUGUCAGCAACCAACAAUCCAAUGGCACUUACCUAAGGGUGAUAGUUCGUGAAGGGUUCACUCUAAGAGCCGAUAGUCCUUCUGACUGUUGGUUUCUUGUUAAAUCCAAACAACCCGCCGAAUCUCCCCGCGUAGUUAAGUUUGUAUCCGCCUCCGUUGCCCCCUUUUUGGUAACAGCGGUUCCGCUAGUCUCCCAAUCGGCCAUUUUCAUACCACGUACUGAUGCAAACCCUCCCCUGCCCAAGGAGCUGAAUGUGUUUAAGUCUUACGACAACACCAGCACCACCCUGAACUCGCCAAAACAGUAUCCCUUGGAGGAUAUUCUGUGCAAAUUGGUGGUGCUACCGUUAAAACAUACAACAGCCUACAACCCCAUGCAUGAAACGUUGCCAAAUUAA